UGAUAAACUAAAUUAGAAACCUGAAUUUUCCGUACCUUUUGAUGGGUUGAAAGAGCUAAAAUUUUACAGUUUUAGAUGCUGGAGACACCGUAAGCCUUUGAUGUUAAUGUGAACUGCUUCCUUCACGCCUUUCAUAGAAAAAAAAAAGAUAUUUUAGUCCGUCAGUCAUUUGGUAGUGAUUUUAUAAGAAUUUUUAUUUUAUUUUUAGAGCGACAUAAAGCGGAAUUCUAGAUGACCGGAUUUAAACAUUACCACCGCUUCGGAAAAAUAUCUCAUUACUUGAAGAUAGAAGAUGCGGCGCAAGAAAAGAAAAUCAAUUUGAAUUUGUAAUAUAUAUAUUUGAAUUAUUAUCCAGGCCGGAUUAAUGUUAUGCAGUAUAUCCGAUGGAUUCAUAUUUGGCCAAAUGUCUGGAAUGAUAGAUGCGCUAAAGGGUAGCGACCAUAGCAUCAUGAUGACUGCAGAAGAUAUUUCGUUAAUGGCGGCUCUUGUUAAUAUAGCCUGCGUUGGUGGAUUCUUCGUAGUUGGCAUAGUAACAGAAAUAUUUGGAAGGCGAAAAACAAUAAUGAUCCUUACACUACCUUUAGCAUUCUGUUGGAUAGUAGUUUCUUUUGCAAGAAGCAAAACAAUUCUUAUUAUAACAAGAAUAAUUGUUGGAAUUACUUAUGGAGGAAUAUCACUACUGAGUCAUAUAACUGUCGGAGAAUACGCCCCGUAUAAUCUAAGGCAAAUCUAUUUUAAUUUUGUAGCAGGUACGGGCUCUCUUUUAGGAUCUUUUCUUGGACAUAUUCUGAGUACAUUUUUAAAUUGGAGAACAGUGGCCCUCAUAGGCUUAAUCCCAACAUUACUAUCCUGCAUUAUUCCCAUUUUUUGGGUAGAAAGCCCGCCGUGGCUUGCGUCAAAAGGCCGUUACGGUGAAUGCCAAAAAGCAUUUAAGCAACUGCAUUUUAUGGACAAAGAAUCUGAAAAAGAACUAGAAGAUCUCAUAGCUCUUGAGAAAACGAAAUGUAGUGUUAUAAAGAGUGAUUCGGCUUUCGCUCCAGUUAAAACUAUGUGGCGUGCUUGUCAACAGCUUUAUCUAUGGAAGAUUAUAUUAUUAAGUUUGAUGACAAACGUGUACAGAAUCGCCGCAGGCCGGGUUCUUUUCAACACCAUGGCAAUAACAAUAUUCAAAGAUUUUACUGGACAAUCCAAGCUAUGGUUGGUUACUCUUAUCAUCGAUGGUUUCGGAAUUUUCGGUGCCUUACUUUCGUGUUUAUUAGUAAGUGUAUUUAACAUGAGAAGUUUAUUGUUUGUUUUAGGAAGUGCAGGUAAUGUUGUUCUAAUUAUCUUGAGCAUUGUUCUAUAUUCGUGGCCUGAUAUUGAUAGCAAUUUUGCCUGGGUCAAAGCCUUAUUAUUAGCAUUAUACUUAAUUAUAGUCAAUUCAGGUCCAUACCCUGUUCUUGAGACUCUACUUUCCGAAAUCUACCCUCUAGAAGCUAAAGUCUUUUGUAUAUUCAUUGUUGGGUCAAUAUCGGGCGUUCUUCAAUUUUUAGCAAUCAAAUUUUCCCCGAUAUUGUUCAUAAGUAUCGGUUAUCAUGGAGUUUUCCUAAUUAAUGCGGCACUUAUAUUCAUAUCACUAAUCUAUUUAUGGAAGUAUUUACCGGAAACGAAAGGAAAAACCUUGCCAGAAAUUGAGUUGUUUUUCAAAAAAGGUUUUAUUGACACCAUUGAUAAACACAACUUUGAUAGGGAAUCUGAUUAUAAUAUUAUGUUGAAAGAAAAUUUGCCGCAAACUCAAACAAAAUAAAUAGUAUGUCGACAUUUAGAUACCAUGUUAACUUUGCUAUCAAUGUACAGUAGGCGCAUAAGAGCAUGGUUUCUCAUGUUUACUAUUUCGAUGUGUUUAUAAUGUAAAUUUAGAUUUACUUGAACUAUGUAAUAUGUACGAACCGGAAGACGCAGUGUUGGUAAGCCCCCCACAAGAUGUACCGACGAUCUGGUCAAAAUCGCCGAAAUAGGUUGGAUGAGGGAAAUCCGAUCGUCGUGGAAAUCUUUGGGGGAGGCCUUUGUCCAGCAGUGGUCGUUUUCCGGUUGAUGAUGAUGUAAUAUGUAAAAUAACUGUAUAAGUAUAUAAUAAGUUUAUGAUAGAAUAAUAUAAAAAAAAUUUUCAAAUUAAUUGUUAUUUGCUGUGUAAGGAUAAUGUUUUACAUGUGAAAUUCCCAGGAGAAAUAUAUGAAAGCCUAUGGUAACUUUAUUGAAUGGAGAAAUGCAAGAGGCGCCAAGAAUUUUUCAGAAUUUGUGUUUUUGGCCAACUUCCAGUACUUACCCAAAACUAAACAACCUUUCACUCUUUGUAGUACCUACUGAAUGCUAAAAUCAACAGUCCGUUCUAAUGGCGCCGUAAAAUUGGACACAUAUUCGAAAUUAAUAGCGUAUCUGAAGAGGAUCUCCGAUGGAUUUAAACCUAAAAUAUCUAAAGUGUUCUAAGUCAAAAAGAGGGGACUUUUCUGAAUAAGGCACCCGACAAAGUCUUUCUUAGCUUAAAAGUAAGUAACUAUGUCUUUUGUACAAAAAUACCCCUGCUGAUAUAAAGACCAAUUGGUUUUUCAUCCGUCAUCAAAAUGACAAGUCCUUUAAACAAGUUAUGAGAAAAAAUAAAAUCGCAACUUAUUUGAAGUUACCAGAUAUCAAGCUGUAUACAGGACAUAGUUUUCUUUCGUACUUUUGCUACCCUUUUGGCAGAUUCUGGAACAGACUUAACUGUUCUCAAGCGACAUGGAGGAUUGAAGUCGAGUGCUGCAGCAGAGGGGUAUAUAGAAGAUUCCAUUGAUAACAAGGCGAAAACAUGUGAACGCAUCGUGGAAAACAUUAAAUUGCAACCUUCAGUUAAUCCAUCCAUGCAACUGUCGCCUCACCCAUCUACAUUCAAACAACGAGAUUCACCGUCACAUUUUCCUCCAAAUGAGCCAGAUUCGGACAUUAUUUCAAACACGCAGAAUAUAAAAUCAGCAACAAUUUUCAUAAUUGCGAAAAUGUCUCAAAUGUAAAUAUAAGUUUUAAGUUGUUUUAUUAUUAGUUAUUACAUACUAUUUAAUUUAAAUUAAGUUGUUACUCUAUUCAUUUAUUAAUAUUACAAUAAAAUAUGAGGCCAUAGUGGUUCCUCGAUAUGUUCAGGAUUCCACUAAAGAAGCCCUCAGAAACAUGAUACUACUUUCACAUAUAUUAAUAACAGUCUUGCCUAACAUAAUUGUUGUAUAUGUAUUUGUAAGUAAAGAUUUUGUUUAAGUUAAUUACGUUAGUACUUAGGUUAAGAUACAUUGUAGAUAGUAAUUGAUAAUGAUAAAAAACUCAUUAAAAUAACAGACAUUUUACA